ACGUAUAAAGUAGGCCCUGUAUGAUUAUACACAUUGUUUCACUACAUGGAGGUAUAGUUUCAAGAUGGUAGGCCUACAAAGGCUUAAAAAAAAAAACAAUUACUGCUAUAUAAACUAGUAGUUUAGUUUUAACCACGACUGUCAAAUCAUUGUCUGAAUGUCAUGGAAACAUCAAUAAUUAGUCAUAUCUAUACCCACUAUGUCAAACUAAGUUUAAUCUUCUACUGGCAUUCACUGCAGAGAAUGAAUUAAAAAGUGUUAAUUUAAUAAAUAAAUAUUAGGAACUUUGAUUCGACUUAUGUUAGCUCUCAACGAGAGCAAAUGUUGAAAGUCUUUAGGACACAUAACCAACGAGCAGGCUGAAUACAUUGAAACAUAUAUACGUGCCCUAUACAACACGUACAGACAAAACAAAAUCUAAAAAAAAAAACUUCAUCAAAGCAACACAUACGACAAUGGCUAUGGAUAUUGUUUUUAUAAGUCUCGGAAUCAUAAUUAGUACGAUACUGUUGGUAUACAUUUGGUGUUCCCGUAGAAGAAACUCUCGCAUUGCAAGAGACACAUUUCCAGAGUACACAUAUGAUGAAACGUAUGGAGAAUUUGUUUGUGAAAGUCUGAGACUUGCUCCCUACACCCUGGACUUACAUGGCUACACGUUAGCAGAAGCCAAGAAGGAAGUACCUUUAUUUUUAGAACGAAAGAAAUUAGAAUGUGCUGAAGGAGGAAGUAAGAUCUCUUUCAUUAUAACUGGACACGGCCGCCACAGUCCAGAUGGACCCAAGAUCAAACCCAUGGUAGAAAAUUACCUUUUAGAAGAAAAAUACAAACACAAGUGGGAAGAACAUGGAGGAAGAGUCGCCAUCUUCUUAUCUAGAAAACAAGAUCGUCCCAAGUAUCCAUUACGCAGAGAAGUUUUAUAACAAUUAUGUUUUUUUUAAUGUUUUGUAAUAAAUAUAACAAUUUUUAAUACUUU